AUGCGGCAACUCAAGGGCACUGCAAUGGGAGCCCCACCAGCCCCACCCUAUGCCACCAUCUACUUUGCCAUCCUGGAGUCCAUUCUGCUUCGAUCCUUCAUGGAUAGUCUUGCAGUUCUGCAGCUCUACAGGAGAUACAUCGAUGAUGUCUUCGGCAUAUGGCACUGCCGAAUGGAAGACAACCAGCUCCUGUGGGAGGGCUUCCAAAAGGCAAUGAACAACAAUGAGUACAAGCUGCACUGGGAGUUCACUGAACUCUCCAGUCAGGUGGAUUUCAUGGACAUGACAAUCACCCUCACACAUGACAACAAACUGGUCACCACACUGUAUGAGAAACCAACCAACUUGUAUCUCUAUAUCCCAUCCCACUCCUGUCACCCACCAGGCCUCCUGUCUGGAGUGGUGUAUGAACCUCUUUAG